AUGACGAGGCUGCUCUCUGAUUCGCUCCAACCUACCAGUGCUCUCGUCGACAGCGACAGCAUGCGCACUUCGUCGUUUUCCGGCGUCAGCGGCGAGUCUUCAACCUCGGUCAUCUCCCCGCUCGCCCUUCCUUCUCGCGGCGCCCACGGCGGCGCACACGGAUACUUCGACUACCAGAACAGCUCGUCCAGCGGUUCGCGCGACAGGCUAGCUUCGCCAGCUCCCCAAGGCAGCACGACAAACCCCGUCCCGGACUCUCGUGCGACCCGGAGCGUCCGCUCUCCUCUCUCGUCCAGCAGCCGCGCUCUUCCCCAGCCGGAGCCGCCCAUGUUCCUCUCUCCUCACUUGACUCCGACCUCCACCCAGAUCCACCAGCAGAUGCAACAAGAGAGGCGGCGACAGCAGAGAUCCGCGAGUCUGUCGCCGACCAGGAGAGCUGCUUCCGUCGGUAGCCACGGCAUGGGCAGGACUAGGUCCGCCGUCGGCUCUCCGUCCAACAUGCCGUACGCCAUGCUCCCCCUCGACGGCGCGCUCAACGGCGUGCGUAGUCCGCCGUCGGUGAGCGCCGGUCCGGCGUGUGGCUACAGCGUCUCCAGCUUCACCGGCCGCUCUGUCUCCGUCGACGGCUCGAACCCCCAGACAUACCAGACCAUCAUCCAGCAGCUCAAGCAGCAGAACAAGGUCAUCAGGGAAGCUUGGGAAAACGAGCGCAAGUAUCUCGAAGCCAACCGGGCUCGUGCCGAAGAGGUCUACCGGGAGGAGAGAGCCAUCAUGGAGGUCGAGCGCACCGAGUGGGACCUAGAGCGUGCCAUGCUGCUCGAGCGCAUCCGCAUCCUGGAGGGACGCUCGUCCUCUAUCGACUCGCUCAGGUUCUCUCGACCACACAGGAUAGACGAAGAGCCCUCGGUACUCAUGCUCGACAAUCCCCGCAAUGGGAGCAUCGACGCCUCACCAGAGAGCUUGCGUGGGUCCGAGACCUCGUUGGCCCGAGGCCAAAUCCUCAAUGGAGACUCCUUCAACAACCUCUCUUCACAGACCGCAAUUCCACGCUCAUACCCGAUACAGCCUGCGGAACUCGCCUCUAGCCAGACCCUCACCCGCCUACCCCCUGAGUCUGCUCCCUUCAUUUCCCUGCCUCAGCAGGCACAACCCGACUUCCUGGCCGACGACGAGCCGGCCGAGGUGCUCCUCGACGCUCGUGGCGCGCCGAUCCCUUCGGUCGAUGUCCAGGAGAUUCAUCCCGAGCUCGAGGGCAUCCUCAUCAAGGCCAAGGCUAUCAAGAAGCCCACAUUCACCGACGGCGAUACUUCGGCAUCGGACUCGAAGUCCUCGUCUGAGAAGCCGUCCCCACCGUCCGAACCCGAACCAGAGCCUACCCUGGUGCUUGCCAAGGUCUCGUCCAAAGAACAGACGCUGCAGGUGCUGGCGGCUGCGGAGGACAGGCGGCUGACGAUGCACGCCGGCCACACGCCGAGUCAUUCGCUGUCCGUCUUGCCAUCGACGCAGGGGACCGCUGCCACGACGGCUUCGAGCAGUGGCGAGAACACGCCUACGAUACAGCUCGGCGCCGACGGGUUGAUUCUCGCGGAUCCGCGUCCGCAGAGCGCGGCACCUAAGAAGCGGCCGGAGAUGCAUGCCGAACCCCAGCAUGCUGAGAUUGCAGCAGACGAGGACCACCCCGAGCGGCUUAUGGAGCCGUCUGAAGGAGACGCCGAGCUCAAGGGCCCCCUGAUGAUCCGGAACAUCCCUGCCCACGACGAGGUCUUCUUCCGGAGGUUAUCGGAGAAGCUCGAGGACGUCGUGCAGAACGAUGAGGCGCCCACGGUCCUGCAGGGCCCGGAGCCUCCGCAGGCAGCGCCGGUCGAGCUGAACGCCGAGCCUGUCCUCGCAAAGGUAGACGGCGACGAGGUGAUCGAGGCCCAGAAGCCGAAGGAGCGGUCGAGCUCGACGAGCUCCGUGGGGUCCAAGACUGGCGGAGAUGAGCCGGACAUCCCGCUCAAGCUCAAGAUCAGCAAUAACUUUGGCGCUCCCUUUGGAGCGGUGCGGCCUACAGUCUUUUGA